AUGCCGUCGAGCGAGUCUAGCGCCCUCUCACAAAAACGCAAGGCGAGCUUCGAACCGCACGACGAUGCCACAGUGACUCAGGAUCUCUUCAGCCGGCUGAUCGAGCAAGACGCCGAGUUUGAUCGAGUAUUCGGCGUUGAAGGUGCGCUGCAGCUUCCUCCUGGUAGGAAAGGUGGAUUUGCCAGCGGGAGCAUCCCUCGCCGUGGAGCAGAUACGCGAGAGGUCCCGGGAGCGAGCCAUAGGUCGAUUGACGAGCUACGAGCCCGCGCCCACUCCCAUCUGCCAACAGACGUCAAUGAGCGAGGGCGAGAUGUUUCUUCAGCCAGUAUGACAGGCAACCACGAGCUGGAUUCGAGCUCACGGCCGCUUGCUGAACUCGUCGACGAAGCGCAGUUGUCACCGCCAAUCGAAAGGCCCCCUCAGCGACGCUUCCUCAAGGAUCUCAGCCAUCCCGCCUGGCUCAACAGCACCGGCAGAACGAGCUAG